UUGAGGUGGUUCAUUGAAGAAAGGAAAAAACAGACUAUACCGAAUGCUGAUUCUGCUGCUUUAGUGGGAAAAAAUUACCCACAGGCAAGUGGCAAACAACAAAACUUUCGAAAAAGCAGACCUGGGAGAGUCCAGUGAAGUUUCAUAACGGGGACAGAGUGCACCCUGCUGCAUUUCCUCACCGAGAGGUCAGCGUGCAGGCAGCAGAGCUGACACAAGCCGGUCGCCAUGCAGCCGCUCCUCUUGGGCAGUAGGCUCGCCCUGGCUCUUGCCCUCCUCCUGGUUUUGGAUUCUUCAGUUCAAGGUUUUCCUGUGCGCAAAGCCACGUACCAGUGGGUACGCUGCAAUCCUGAUGACAGUUCUGCAAACUGCAUGGAAGAAAAGGGACCCACAUUCAGCCUGCUUCCAGGGGAAUCCCAGAGAAUCCUUCCUCUGAGGACCGACCCUUCUUCAAUGAUAAGACCCCAGAACUCCAAUUAUGUCAUCCCUCUUUUUGAGGACUAUUUUAUGUUUGGCUCUGGCUCUGGCUCUGGCUCUGGAUCAGGAUCUGGAAGUGGCUUAAUUGAAACUGAAGAAGAAUACUAAUCAGUAGAUGAAGACAAUGCAUUUUAUUACAACGUUCGGCCUCUGAAGAGAAAUCCACCAUCAGACAACUAGGACUUGGUCCAAGAUGGACCAGAAGAGAAUUUUAUUGUGUAAAAGAGUUUCCAUCUUGAUGUCAGGCAGUGCAUUCAAUAUAUUUUAUGUAUCAUAGUUAAAUAUUUUACAACAAAAGAUCUUAUGGAAACUUUAAAACAUCUGAAAAAGAAGUUUAGGUUUUAUUACCUUUUUUCUCUCGUGAAUUCUUAAAGCUUCCUUUAUCCUAUUGUCCUGGAAAAUACCUGUAUUUCCUUUGUAUCAUAUUAAACCAAUGUCAUUAUGAAAUUAACUGGACCAUUCUUGUCUAUAAAAUUGCUUUAAAGAAUAAAUUAUACUUAUUUUAAAAGUUCAGUUUGAGAAGCAAGUUGACAAGCAAUAUUUCAUAUCUAAGUCUUCAGAAACCUGACUCUGGUUGUGAAUUAUAGAUAUGCCUCUUUUCUUAUGUGAAACCCAGAUGCAACACAUGAUGAAUUUAUAGAGCGGCCGUUUGACAAGUCCAGUGUAAAGCGUAUUACUCUAAUGUUACCACUGGAUGUGUUUGCAGAGCUGGUGGACAUUGUUCAUUGAGAAGUAGGAUUGCUGUUAUAAUUAGAAACGGAACACCCAAAGUAAAGCACAGUAUGUUCUCAAUAAUUCAUACUGCUUUACUUUUCUCCCUGGAUAUCUAUGUAUUUUCAAAUCUUAUCCUAUUAAAGCAGAACUAUAAUCAACAUG